CCAUGGUCCGGCCGCCAGCCUGGGAACGGCAAUACUGACCAGUGCACAUCUGGGCAAGGUUUCCCAGCAGCUUUUCUGUGGGGCUGAAUGACGGCAGGAGCAGCCGGAUCAAUCGAUGAGCUUGCCUUGGGAGCCUAGAAAUAGGCAAAUCAGAGCACACAAUGGGUCAGAAGGUCACAGGUGGGAUAAAGACUGUGGAUAUGAGGGACCCUGUAUACAGGCCACUGAAACAGGAGCUCCAAGGACUCGAUUACUGCAAGCCCACACGUCUGGACUUGCUGCUAGACAUGCCUCCAGUGUCGUAUGAGGUGCAGCUACUGCACUCGUGGAACAACGACGACCGCUCGCUGAACGUCUUUGUGAAGGAGGAUGACAAACUGAUAUUUCACCGGCAUCCGGUGGCGCAGAGUACAGAUGCCAUCAGAGGCAAAGUGGGCUACACACGAGGCCUGCACGUGUGGCAGAUCACCUGGGCCAUGAGGCAGCGAGGCACGCACGCCGUGGUCGGGGUGGCGACAGCAGAUGCCCCUUUGCACUCAGUAGGGUACACCACGCUGGUAGGCAACAACCACGAGUCCUGGGGGUGGGACCUGGGGCGUAACAGACUCUACCACGACGGCAAGAACCAGCCAAGCAAAACCUAUCCUGCCUUCUUGGAACCAGAUGAGACUUUCAUCGUGCCAGACUCCUUCCUGGUGGUUCUGGACAUGGAUGAUGGGACGUUGAGCUUCAUUGUAGAUGGGCAAUACAUGGGUGUUGCCUUUCGGGGACUCAAAGGGAAAAAGCUGUACCCGGUGGUGAGCGCAGUGUGGGGCCACUGUGAAAUACGGAUGCGCUACUUGAAUGGACUUGACCCUGAACCACUGCCUUUGAUGGACUUGUGUCGGCGAGCUGUGAGGCUUGCUCUGGGCAAGGAAAGACUGAAUGAGAUCCCUACACUGCCACUGCCAGCCUCCCUCAAGAGUUACCUGCUCUACCAAUGACUUUCAUGUUCAAGGACAGAGUUGGAAUCAAGGCAAAAUAUCAGAGCUGACCCACUGAGCAAUGGGCUCUCCACCCUUGUGUCAUCGCUACUGUUGGAACUCCUUGGCCCAAGUAUUCCUGCUACUGCAUAAGUCUCCAUGUGCCCUUAUUGACAAGCUCUCAAGUAAUCUUUGUUUCACAACUGAGUGUUUUGUUCUUUGGAAGUAACUUCCCCAACACACUAACAAAAGGAACAUUUACGGAAGCUCUGUGCUUCCCUGCUUCUCCUGAGAAAAGGCUAUGCUGCAUCCUUAGGGUUGUAGAGCCUAGGAGUGAGUGAUUUUUCUGUACCAGCUAAAGGAAAGAACACAAUUUGGGGGAAAGAAGGCAUUAGGACUGGAAAUCUGAAGACCAGGUUCUAAGAAUGGAAGGGCACAGGGUGGCCAAUGGAGUUGGGAAGAGUCUGGAAUACCAAGAAUUAAUUGCUGAGUGUUAAAACCAA